AUGCGACGAACCGGAGGAACGGAGAGUAGAGAAACAAAAGGAGCCGAAACAGAUGAAGGAUUUGGGUGGGGGAUGAAGAUGCUGAGUGCCGAGGUCCACCUCCAAAAGAUGUGCAACCGCAACUUCAUUCCCCAGAAUGUCCGCAGCCACAUACUUCCCUCUAAAAACACGGAACAAGUAGUUUUGAGCGCGAUGGCGGACGACGCGACUCGGAGGGCGGUGUCGGAGAUCCCGCUGCUCAAGACCAACUCCGGUCCCCGGGACAAGGAGCUCUGGGUGCAGCGGCUCCGAGAGGAGUACCUGGCCCUCAUCAAGUAUGUGGAGAACAACAAGACAGCAGACAACGACUGGUUCCGCCUGGAGUCCAACAAGGAGGGAACCAGGUGGUUUGGGAAGUGCUGGUACAUUCAUGACCUCCUGAAGUAUGAGUUCGACAUGGAGUUUGAUAUUCCUGUAACGUACCCGUCCACCGCCCCUGAGGUCGCCAUCCCAGAGCUGGACGGGAAAACGGCCAAAAUGUACAGGGGGGGAAAGAUUUGUCUGACGGACCACUUCAAACCCCUGUGGGCGCGAAACGUACCGAAGUUUGGAUUGGCUCACCUGAUGGCCCUGGGGGUACGUGCU